UUUAACUCUUCGAUUUUCGGGCUAUUUUUACACAUUAAUUUAUAAUCGUACAGCUUUGAAGUUAAACCUAAAAAAUCUGAAGAAAAAAAAAUGUCGAUUAUAUCGCCUUUCUGUGUGUGAGCUUCAUCUUUUUGGCUCGUGAAAUCUGUCAGAUGAGCGGGAAUAAGAUCAGUCAUUAAUUUAUUAAAAAUAAUUCUACAAGCCAUAUGCACACUUCCAUCUAGAUUUCCAUCCGUGUGAUGUGGCAUGCGCUAGUGGAAGAGCAGAACCAACACUUCAUCCGCAUAUCCAAGUUUCUCGGUGAAGAUCAACCCAAUAUGGAUAUUGAAGCUGAUGAUCAGCAAGCCAAGCAAGAGCGCCUGAGAACGAGAUGGACACCCGAUCUUGAUAGGAUUUUUGCAGACAUAGUUGUGGAGCAAAUUCGGCAAGGGAACAGGUCCAACAAUGUAUUUGACAAGAAAACUUGGAACCAGAUACGUGAGGCAUUCAAUAGACAGACGAACCUUAAUUUCAAUAAUAAUCAAUUGAGGAAGCAUCUCGAUGUUCUUCGGACACGGUAUCACAAUUUGCAGUCCUCCUUUAACCAUAAUGAUGCCGCCAUUCAGGACAAUUGCUUUUUGGGAUUUGAUCUAUGGGAAGACAUUGGGGCAACAUCUAAGAUCGAGCCAGUAAAGACCAAGGAAUGCCCAAUUUAUGCUCAAUUGUGCGUCAUAUUUGCAGACUCGGGAGUUGAUGGAAAAUACGCGCAAUCGAGCCAUUAUGAGGAGCUGAACAAGUCUGGAGGUCUCUUCCCGUCAUUCCUAGAAGGAUUUUCAAGCCCACAACUCCCCAUGACCCCAUCCACGUCAAAAUUACCAGAAGAGAAUGGAUUUUCACCCAUAAACAACAUCAGCAAGAACACGGCUGGAAAUAAUAAGCGAAAGCGUCCUUCAGAAGCCGGUCAGCCACCUGAACAAACGAGUUGGAAUCAAGAAUUAAGCGACUCGAUGGCGGAAGCCAUUUCGUGUAUGAUAAAGAAUUCCUCGAAUUUGCGAAAAUCGAUGAAUCCUAUUGUCGACGAGAGAUUUUCUAUCAGCAGCUGCAUGAAAGUGCUGGACGAGAUCCGAGGUAUCGAGGACGGACUUUACUAUGAUGCUUUGGAUGUUUUUGAGAAUCCGAGUUUUAGGGAGACAUUUAUUUCGCUCGGGAACAAUGAUGUUCGGCUAAAAUGGUUGCAAGGAAAGUGUGGGAGCUUGCCACAUGUAUCAGUGGGGAAAUAUAAUUUGAAUUUGGAAAUGUUCCAACACUACUAUGGUGGUGCCAAGGAGAAGCCGCUGGAGCUCCUUCGCGAAGGUACUGGAGAUUGUACGAAUUUCAUGAACAACUUGGGAAUAUCCUCAAAAGCACAUCAAUAUAACAAGCAUACAAAAGAAAUUAAAAAGGAAACAAACCUCUAUGCGCAAAUAAAAGUGAUUAUCACUAGGGACAGGAAAAAAGUCGGGGCCCGAGGAUCUCUUAGAGAUUUUGCCACAAAAGCAGUUAUGGAGAUACCACCCUCUUUCGUGAACUUGACAGCCGACGUCUCGAUCGAGGAGACCCCGGGCUCCCUCAGAUCAUCACCACCGUCGACGACAUCGACCGCAAAAUCUAGGCCGUCGCUAAUAAAGGCUCUGUCGUCCCUUACCGACAAACUAACGGCUCAUCGGCGUUCCGCGGCGGCGCCACUUGCUCGCACGGCGGUGCAGUUCAAUAGUGAAGCUUUUGAAAACGAAUACGAAGCGCUCAUAUUUGGCUAUGUGUAUCCCGCGUAUGAAUGCUUUAAAACUGUGGAAAUGAAUAAGCCCGACAUUGACCAGCUUCGUUUUUGGUGUCAGUAUUGGAUCUUGGUGGCCGGGCUGACUGUUUGCGAACGGGUUGGUGAUACAUUUAUUGGCUGGGUUCCAAUGUAUGGUGAAGCUAAAUUGGCCUUCUUUAUAUACUUGUGGUUUCCCAAAACUAAGGGUACAACAUAUGUUUAUGACUCCUUCUUUAGACCCUAUGUGGCGAAGCACGAAACAGAAAUUGACCGUAGUUUGUUAGAACUGAGAACAAGAGCUGGAGAUAUGUUGGUCUUGUACUGGCAGAGGGCUGCCAGCUAUGGUCAGACUAGAAUUUUCGAAAUUUUGCAGUAUAUUGCUUCACAGUCACAGUCAACUCCUCCUCGACCAGCUCAGAAAAAAUCCAAUUUGCCGCCUAACCCGAAACCCGCCGCCACAACUCCACCACCGAACGAAGCCCAAUCCUCUUCUCCUUCCUCAGACUCAACAUCCUCGAGUGAACAGCAAGACGACACGUCAGACGAGGCAGAUUCAAAAGCAGCAGCCAGCGCCACGUCAUCAUCGACCUCGAACAAACUGAAAAUGACGGCGUCACAGUCGCUCGUGGAGCGCACCAAGUCCUUGGCCUCUAAAGAAGAAGAAGGGCAAGCAAUGCAAAUAGAUUCACUGCCCGAUAAAAAGACGGUUAUAUCCUCACUGGAGUCGAACUUGGGAGAGGGUGGAAGGAUGACACGAGCGAGGGCUCGGAGGACGAUGGGCAGUGGUUCUGCCUUGAACCGAGCUUAUGGCUUGAUUGGUACUACACUGAUUCGAACUGGCUCGUUGUUAUCAGGCCUUGAACCGAACUCGUGGAUUGACUGUACACUGGUUUGGAACUGGCCCGUUGUUAUCAGGCCUUUGAACCGGAGCUCAUGGUUUGACUGGUACUACACUAGUUCGGAACUGACCCGUUGUUAUCAGGCCUUGAACCGAGCUCGUAGAUUGACUGAUAGUACACUAGUUCGGAACUGGCCCAUUUUUAUCAGGCCUUGA